CUCUGUCAUUGGCAUCUGAUCUCGGCGUCCUUCGUGGCAACUGAUUCCCAGAUUAUUGAUAUUAUUGAUUGUUGGAUACAUCGAUUGAUCGUCUGCUUCUCCCAUCAUUCAGGUUUGACCCUUGUUAUCACACUGUGGUUUGUAUUCAGUAUGUCUUGUGUUCAUUACAGGUUUCAGAGUCGACUCACCUACGACUCGCUCCAGUUUGAGGGCCUCAACAUCACUGUGGGAGAGCUGAAGCGGCAGAUCAUGAGGCGCGAGAGGCUGAAGUUCUGCCAGCUGAAGAUCAGCAAAGCCCAAACUGAUGAAGAAUACACAGAUGAUGAUGCUCUCAUCCCUAAAAACACAUCGGUCAUCAUCAGACGGGUCCCUGCGGCUGGACUGAAGUCCUCCAACAGAAGAUUUGUUGGACAUCAAGCUGGACCAUCAGCUAAAUCUUCUCAAACAGGUGAUUCUUCACUCCUCUCACUGGAGCAGCUGUUGAAGACUGAGAAUCUGGCUGAGGCAAAGGCAUCAGAGGAGGACAAGCUAAAAGCGGUGAUGUACCAGUCCAGUCUGUGCUACUACUCCAGCAGGUGAGCGUUCAGACACUGACAGGUUUGGUUUGUGAGAAAUGUUAGAGCUGAUUCUCAUGGUUCUGAUGUUCAUCAGUGAGGCCAUGACACUGCUUGGGCUUCUUCCACCCAACUAUGUCUGCUUUCACUGUGGGAUCCCAGGACACCACAUUAGGCACUGCCCCUCUAAAGGGGUAACUGGGUUUUCUAAGCUUAUGGUUGCUGUGAACUUGAGCUCUUGUCUCCA